AGUUGCUUGGUAAUGCCAUAUGAGACAGUUGUAAUAAAGUAUUCAUUAUUUACUACUAUCAUUUUAUUCCCCAGCGUCUGCUUAUAAAUCAAGCAAAUUCCCAUAUCAAAUCAUCACAACAAAGACAAUCAUCACUAGAAGUUUUUGUUAUACUACUUUUAAUCUUUUUUAUAUAGCAAAAAGAUGGGGUUUGAAACUAGUUACAAGCCCACAAUUGUUAUGAUUGCUUUGCAAUUUAUGUAUGCUGGUGUUACUUUAUCUACUAGAGCUACUCUUGUACAAGGGUUGAGUUCUAGAGUUUUUGUUGUUUAUAGACAAACUAUAGCCUUUCUCCUCAUUGCUCCUAUUGCCUUUGUGCCAAGAAGGAAAACAGGCAGUAGGUGCUUGGGAUGGAAGAGCUUUUGGCUGAUAUUCUUGGCUGCUUUCGUUGGUGUGACAUUAAAUCAGAAUAUGUAUUUUUCUGGUCUGUACUACUCUUCAUCUUCUAUUGGAAGUGCCACUGGAAAUCUUGUUCCGGCAUUCACUUUUCUCAUGGCAUGGCUCAUGGGAUUGGAGAAAGUCCAAAUCAAAAGCUUGAGAAGUAUAGCAAAGGUGAUUGGGACAAUUCUAUGUGUUGCUGGAGCUGUUGCAAUGGCAUUAGUUAAAGGGCCAAAGUUGCUAAAUUCAGAAUUCAUUCCCACAAAUGGAUUAUUGUUAGUUCUCGGCAAAGAAAGUAGUGAGAAUUUGGACUCUAAUUGGAUGCUUGGUGUAACUUUGCUCGUUGCAAGUGCUUUUUCCUGGUCAUUUUGGCUCAUUUUGCAGGUGUCAUUGUCAGCAAAUUGCCCAGAUCAUCUAUCUUUAACAGCCUGGUUAUGCCUAUUUGCUGCUAUUCAAGGUGCAAUUGUCACAUUCUUCUUUGAACCUGAUAUCAAUAGCUGGAAAGUUACUUCAUCAUUGGAGCUCAUUUCUUGCUUAUACACUGGAUUUUCGUCAGCUGUUUCUUUCUUUGGGCAAGCUUGGUGCAUUUCACACAGAGGUCCAUUAUUUUCAGCUAUGUUCAAUCCAUUAUGCACUGUUAUAGUGACAGUAUUUGCCUCGGCAUUUAUGCAAGAAGAAAUGUACACUGGAAGCUUGGUGGGAUCUCUGGCUGUGAUAUUUGGACUAUAUGUGGUACUAUGGGGAAAGGCAAAGGAUAAAAAAGAGGAAAUUAUUGUAGAGGAAGAGCCAGUGAAGCAACAGAUUCAAGAAACUACAAUUACAAUUCAAGAUUCUAAUUCAGAUUUGAUCACAAGUUGUAAAAUAGAUUUAGAGGAACCACUUUUGACUAAAAAUUCAACUAGCAAUUAAGAUGAUAAGUAGUGUAAGAAGUAAAAAAAAAAGAUUAAACUUGUGACAAGUAGUUAUAUUUUCCCUCAUAUGUAUGAGCAUUUAUUAAUUAUUGUGUUGUAUGUAGCUAGCAUUUUCUUUUUUCCCUUCUCAAUAAAAUUUGUUUAGGAGUUUUGUUAUUACUAUUUUUUUCUCUAUUAAUAAAAGUGAUAAACACAUAUGUUCCAGCCUUUGGAAAGUCAGAACUAUAUUCUUCCUCGGAUAUUGUCGUUUCUUUUUAAAUAAUACAUUUCUCUUUGUUGUUUUGUU